CUACGCCUCCUCCUCCUCCUUCUUCUCCUCGUCUUCGUCCUCGUCCUCCUCCCUCUCUCCCUCCCAAAACUCCCCCUCCCACAACAAGUCCUCCUCCCUCUGCUCCAUCCUCUUCCUAGCCUCCACCCUCUCCCUAGCCUCCCUCCUCUCCCUAAGCACCCCAGACGUGAAGUCCAUCACCGGGCCUUUCAACUCGAUUAUUAUGACUCUAGCUACCCCCCCGAGCAAAAGAAUUACGUAUACCAAAACUACAAACACGUAGAGGGUGGAAUCUUGCGUUUCGGCCUCCUUGCAGGAAGACUGGCUGCAGCGCUUGCUUUGGGCGGCGAGGUGGUGGGGUGUUGGGGUUGGGGCCAUGACCUUUGACUAGAAGGGCGGAAAGGAG